AUGGCGCCCGGCGAGGAUGUUGUUCCAGACUCCUUGGCAAUUGCCAGCUUCAAGGCGAGAGCACAGGCACCUCCACCCUCAAAGGCAGUCAGUCAGGUGCCACCGAAGGCCGUCAGCCAGGCGCCACCUUCCAUGACCGGAGCGACCGUGCCACCCAAGGCGGUAAGCCAGGUUCCAGAGAUGCAAGCGGCGCAGGCCAAAGCUGGCUUCAAGGCGCCGCCCUCUCUCGCUCCGACACCGCCUGUGACGCCUGUGACGGUGACCUCUCCUACACCUAUGCCAGCAGCUGCCCUUGUGCCAGCACCAAAUCUGGUCCCUGCUCCGCUAGCGGACCCGGCGCACAUAGACCCCGCUUGGGAGGUUCCCACCGCAGAUGAGUCGGCAGUUCCCAAGGACGAUGAUGGCGAAGGAUGGCUAGAACUCCUCCGGGAUGGCUACUACCGGCAGCUGCGUGAGGAAAACGAGUUCAAACAGCCCCCGCCCUAUCCGCGGGCCAUCAACUUCGCUGCAGCUUCCGGGCACCCGGUUGCGCCGAGCAAAUAUCCGCGUCCUGCCUUGGACCUGCAGCGGCAGAUAUUGAUGAAGUUCAGACCCGAUCCGCCUAAUCCGAAUAAGGGCAAAGGAAUGUUCGGCAAGGGCGGCAAAGGGAUGAUGGACAUGGGCAUGAUGGGCGGCUACGGCGACUGGAAUGGCGAUUGGAUGGGCGGCGGCGGUGGCGGCUGGAAUGAUUGGAGUAUGGACUGGGGCAUGAUGGACAUGAUG